AUGGCAAUCUCCAAGCAGCUGAAGCUGUUGUUUACCAGCGGCUCGCUUAUCGCGGCCGCGCUGGCCAGUCCCGUACAGAAGCCGCUCAGCAGCGACGACGACAUCGACGACACACCACUGCCGCUGGUCAUCUGGCAUGGCCUAGGAGACAGCUACUCCGCCCCCGGCCUCCGCGAAGUCGGCGACCUCGCCGACGCCAUCAACCCCGGCACGCUCGUCUACUUUAUCCGCAUGGACGAUGACGGGUCCCGCGACCGCUCCGCCACCUUCCUAGGCAACGUGACCGAACAAGUGGCCAAAGCCUGCGCCGACAUCGCCGCGCAUCCGAUUCUCUCGACCGCGCCCGCCAUCGACGCCCUCGGCUUCAGCCAAGGAGGGCAGUUCCUGCGCGGCUACAUCGAACGGUGCAACAACCCGCCCGUGCGCAACCUCGUCACCUUCGGCUCCCAACACAACGGCAUCAGCGCCUUCCGCGACUGCCCCUGGUCGGACUGGGUCUGCCGCGGCGCUAUGGCUAUUCUGAAAGGCAACGCCUGGUCGCAGUUCGUGCAGAGCCGGCUUGUUCCAGCACAAUACUACCGCAACCCGGACGAGUACGAGCAAUAUCUGGAGCACUCCAACUUUUUGGCGGAUAUCAACAACGAGCGGAAGUUCAAGAACCAGACGUACAAGGAGAACUUGGCCAAUUUGGAAAACCUGGUGCUGUACAUGUUCGAGGACGAUACGACGGUGGUGCCCAAGGAGACGGCAUGGUUUGACGAGGUCAAUGGCACUGAGGUUACGCCCCUUCGCGCGAGGAGGAUGUACUCGGAAGACUGGAUUGGCUUGCGCGAGUUGGACAAGAAGGGCGGCUUGCACUUCCGCACCACGCCGGGCGAUCAUAUGCAGCUUACGGAUCAGUUGCUGAACGACACGUUUGCCGAGUUCUUUGGGCCGUUGAAGAAGGCCAAGAAGAGCGCCCCGAGGCCGUUCCUGCGCGGUGACCUCUGA